AUGUCUCAACUUCAAGGUAAGAGGUUUGCUGCAAAGCUGGUAUUAGAUAGAUCAACAGAUUUAUGAUGGCAAAAAGAUAAACUGUUGAUGUAAUUCUGCCGAGACAAGUAGGCUACCAAGAAAAGCUAAACAUUCCGUUUCUAAAAGCAGUUUAACUAUUUUAGAAGCAAAUCAUAUCUGGUCUGACAAGUGACAGAUUUUCUGCAUUUUGGAUCUGAAGCUUCUGAAGGAACAGACACAGUACUGCAGUGGCAAAUUGCAAAAUAAAUUUCUAACAACCUCAAGCCAGUGUGUGAAGAAAUAGUUAACUUUAAUCUGUCAUUGGAUGAGAAUUUUUGCUUUUAGAUAAACAGCAUACUUUUUUAAAAUUUUGAACUGCAAUGUAAAAUUAGGCACUUACAUUUUAUUCAUUUAUUAUCUUAGUACUGAGUAGAGGUGUUGAAUUUUCAGGAAAAAAAAGCUUUUUAAGUCCUUUUUAAGAAAGUAAUAUAAAAUGUAGUGUCUUUUGUGUUUCAGGCAAAAUGAGUCUGGAGGAAUACAUGAGAAGAAUUGACUUCCAUGGCUCUUUCAGGAAACCUGAUCUUGAAACACUGAAGAUGGUUCACAAACAGCACGUCAUGACAGUCCCAUUUGAAAACCUCAGCAUGCACUGUGGAGAGAGGAUAGUCCUGGACAUUGAGGUGGCAUACAAUAAGAUUGUGAGGAGCAACCGUGGGGGCUGGUGCCUUGAAAACAACUACCUGUUUGGUUGGGUGCUGAGAGAAAUGGGUUAUGACUGCACAACUCUCAAGUCCAAAUGCUUCAUGGUUCCCCUCAAUGACUACUCUCCAAUUGAGUCUCAUCUCAUCCACAAGGUAGUUAUUGAUGGAAAAGCUUACUUAGCAGAUGUGAGUUAUGGGAUGACUUGCCAACUGUGGGAGCCCCUGGAGCUCAUCUCUGGGAAGGACCAACCUCAGGGACCUGGUGUCUUUCGGCUGAUAGAAGAGGGGGGCUUCUGGGCGCUGGAGAAAACCAACAGAAAACUAAAGAUUCUUGAUCCAAAUUUUACCAAAACAAGUUUGAUCAACAGAUUAGAAGCAUACCCUAUCCAUCGCUUCACCCUGGAACCUACUGAGGUAGACAGUUUCCUCUACAUCAAUGAUAAACUCCAAACUGACCCAGCCUCCAUUUUUAGCAACAAGUACAUCUGCAGUUUGCAAACACCAACAGGGGUCAUAUCCCUGAUUGGUUGGACUUACAGUGAGAUCACCUUCAAACCUGAGGAGGGUGUUGAUUAUUAUGAUAUGAGGGAAAUAAAGGAAGACGAAGUGGAUCAGAUCCUGCAGGAGAAGUUUAAGAUAAAACUGCAGAAAAAAUUGACACCUGUAGCAAAUAAAUCAUGGUACACAAUGUAAAAUUCAACAUUUCUGUUAUUAACUCUCCUGGGAUAAUUAAAAAUAAAUAGGGGUUUAUAUUUAGUCAGGCAGAGUAGGUUGCUUGAUUUUUCUCAAAUACUUUAGCAGUACUUUGCAUUAUCUUUGUAUUUAUUUUAUAGUGAAAUUCUGCAGCAAUAUUGUGACUAUUUCUACUUAAAUCACUGGUUUUGUUGUCGACACAGACAACAAACCUUCAAUACAGACCUUCAUUACAAGAAUUCUAUAUGAAUUGAAAGGGGGUUUGACAAAGAAUUUGAUUCAUUGAUGUUAAGCAAGAUAUUUCUUUCCUUCAAAAGUUAAGUAAGCAGUAUAGAAGUAAAAUGUAAGGACAACAACAGAUGUGUAGUUUUUGUUCUAUCUAUCAAACAAUCUCCUGCACUCUGGUACUUUGAUUCUGUCUCAGGUUAUCAUUAAACUGGCUCUGUUGUACUAUAUAGAUGUAUUUGUUUGCUUUCAUUUGUCAUGCACCAGUGAAACGAGUUUGUUGUGCCAAUCAAAUGUAUCAGCCUGAUUAAUCAAUGCUAAUUUAAAACACCUGGCUGCAGGUUGAUAGAGUAAAAAGUGGCAGAUCUGUUGUACACCAUACCAGAACUCAUAGAAUGCCAAGUGACCAAUCAGAUUUCCACUAUGAAGAGCAAUCACAUGAUGAAGGGAAACAUAAAUGUACAUACAUGAAAUGAAUGUCUGCUGAAAUAUGAACAAACAGUGAGUAGAGCGAGUUGAGAAAAAUGCAAAUUACUUGGCAACAGAUCAGUCCAAGUCAGGGAAGUAGUCCAGGAACUCUAUAGCUGAAGGCGAAUGAAUCAUUAAACACUUAAAGAAAUAACAAACUGUUGACAGUUUUCACCUUUACCAUUAAAAGUCUGCACAUACAAUCAAAAUCAACAUCACAAUAGGGGUUAAGAAAUUAUGUUUAACAUUAGCACACAAUGUUUGCCCCAAUGAUAUUCUUUGUAAACCUGAUAAUACAAACGUCUUCACUGACUGUUGAGUACUAAAUUAAAGAUUAAUCAGAUAAACCUGUGUGUCUCAAAGUUGUGUCUGUGUCCAGCAUGAAUGUACCGAUUGAUGAUACCACCCAUGGACUUGUCGAGUGUUCAUACGCAGAUGCCAUCUUGGAGAGAGGUUCCUUGCUAUCUGAUUCCAUGUUAGAGCAGUCUACUUGACAGAACAGAGCAGCUUUUAUACACUUUAAUGGAAGAAAGGCUGAGACCACUUAACAUAAAUUAGCAUUUCUCAGGCAAGGGGAUGAGCUCAACAAUCUGAUUUAAAAGUUUUGAGCAUUACAUUAUUGUAUGACAAUGGAUCGAUGUCUUCACAUUAUUUUACAUUUUUAAAGUAAAUAUCAUUGGAUAUCUGUAUGGGGAUGCUAACCAAGCUCUCUGACUGGUUGCUUGUACAAAUAAUAAUGCAAGAUUUGCAGAUAACAGCCUAAGAUUAAAAAAAAACACAUUGAAACUUAAAACAUAUCUGUACCAUACCUGAAUGUCACACAUUACCUUUUCAUUUUAUUUUAGCGUAGCCUUUAAACAGUAUAUUACACUUUGUAUACAUUGACCCGGGUUACAUUUAUGCAUAAUAUAAGGGAGGAAAUUAUUUAUUUAUUGCAUGACGUCCAUUCUCAUAAACGCUUCUUAGACUUGUUCAAUAUUGUGAAUAUUAUUGCACCAUUGCAUUAUUAUCUGUUUAAUUAUAUUGAUAGAUGGAGUCAUUACAUCAACAACUGUGCCUUCGGCAUACAUGCAAUAUGCAAACAACUUCUUAACUGGAGGAUAGCUGUGCUGUGCUUCAUUGUCACUUCUCAGCCACAACAUCUCACAGCCCUUCAUCACAUCAAAGUUUGAAGGUAAGAGGUUUGCUGGUUCAGCUGACAUUUGACAGAUCAAAUAUUUUAAGAUUAGGAAAAUAACUAUUGAAUGAAAAUCUACCAAGAUGGAUAGAUGAAACUGACUGUUAACUCAGUUCAUGAGCUGAAGACCUGAUAAUAAAGCAGACCAUGUAAAUUUUUUUGAGAUAAAUCCUAAUUUUUCUGGUAUAUAGCAGCACAGUUUCAAUACUUCAUGUGUCUAUAAACUCUUCAGUUAAGUCCUGGCUCAAGCAGAAAAGUGAGACCAGGUUAAAUACCAACUCAUAUAUCUCUGAAAGCCAGUGUAGCAAAAAUGUUUGAAACUUGCAAUUUUAGGUCAUUUUGAGCAUAAAGUUAAUAACUUUGCAUAAUUCUGUGCCACUGUGGAAGAAGUUGGUGUUUCUUGCAGGUUAUCAACACUCUAUAAAGUUUUUGAUAAUGCCAUUUUGUACGACCACAGGGUGUCCUUUGUGUUACAGCCAAGAUGAAUCUAGAGGAAUACUUCCGAAGAACUGACUUCCAUGGCUCUUUCAGUAAACCUGAUCUUGAAACACUGAAGAUGGUUCACAAACAGCACGUCAUGACAAUCCCAUUUGAAAACCUCAGCAUGCACUGUGGAGAGAGGAUGGUUCUGGAUCUUGAGGUGACAUAUAACAAGAUUGUGAGGAGCAACCGUGGGGGCUGGUGCCUUGAGAGCAACCACUUGUUUGGCUGGGUGCUCAAGGAAAUGGGUUAUGACUGCACAACUCUCACGUCCAGAACUUACAUGGCUUCCCACAGUGAUUAUUUGCCUUUUAAGUCUCAUCUUAUCCUGAAGGUGGUCAUUGAUGGAAAAGCUUACAUAGCAGAUGUGAGUUAUGGGUUGUCUGGUGAGCUGCGGGAGCCCCUGGAGCUCAUCUCUGGGAAGGACCAACCUCAGGCAUCUGGUGUCUUUCGGCUGAUAGAAGAGGGGGGCACCUGGGUGCUGGAGAGGACAGGCAGAAAACCAAAGAUUCUUGAUCCAGACUUCGCCAAAUCAAGCCUGAUCAACAGAUCAGAAACCAACCCUCUCUACCGCUUCACCCUGGAACCUACUGAGAUAGACAGUUUCCUCUACAUAAAUGACAAACUCCAAACUGACCCAGCCUCCAUUUUUAGCAACAAGUACAUCUGCAGUUUGCAAACACCAACAGGGUUCAUAUCCCUGAUUGGUUGGACUUACAGUGAGAUCACCUUCAGACCUGAGGAAGGUGUUGAUUACUAUGAGAUGAGGGAUAUAAAGGAAGACGAAGUGGAUCAGAUCCUGCAGGAGAAGUUUAAGAUAAAACUGCAGAAAAAAUUGACACCUGUGGGAAACAGAUCAUGGUACACAAUGUAA